AUGGCGCCACCGCCAUUAAAAGACCAAUCUUUACUUUCUCUGAAUUCAAAAAUGUCCUAUACAAUCUCCACCAUGAAUCCCACCAUUUCCAAAUCUUCAAAACUCAUUCUUUACAAACAUAAUUCUCGCCACCGCCACCGCCGCCUCUCCCUCUCCAAUAUCCUCUCACGCCCCAUACCACCUCUCACCGCCGCCGCCGCCACCACCACCACCUCGCCGGAAUCUCUCAAACUCAAAUCCCCACCAAACGAACCCAUGAAAGGUUGCGACAUUCUCAUCAAAUCUCUAGAAAAACAUGGCGUAACCGUCGUUUUCGCCUAUCCAGGCGGCGCAACACUAGAAAUUCACCAAGCCUUAACUCGCUCCAAAAUCAUCAAAACCAUCCUUCCCCGCCACGAACAAGGCGGGAUUUUCGCCGCCUCCGGUUACGCAAGAGCCUCCGGUUUACCCGGAGUCUGCAUUGCUACCUCUGGUCCGGGGGCCACGAAUCUAAUCAGUGGCAUCGCAGAUGCCAUGAUGGAUAGUAUUCCGAUCAUCGCUAUAACGGGUCAAGUCCCGACUAAAAUGAUCGGAACCGAUGCUUUCCAAGAAACCCCGAUUGUUGAAUUAACAAAAUCGAUCACAAAACACAGUUAUCUUGUCUUAGACGUGAAUGAUAUUCCUAGAAUUGUUAAAGAAGCUUUCUUUAUAGCCAACUCUGGUCGACCCGGUCCAAUCUUGAUCGAUAUUCCGAAAGACAUACAACAACAAUUUGCGAUUCCGAAUUGGGAUCAACCCAUGAGAUUGCCUGGUUAUAUGUCUAGACUACCCAAACCACCAAAGAUUUCAUCUUUGGAACAGAUUGUGAAGUUAAUUUUAGAAUCGAAAAAACCGGUUUUAUACGUUGGUGGGGGGUGUUUGAAUUCGAGUGAGGAAUUGAAGAAAUUUGUUGAAUUAACUAAGAUUCCAGUAACGAGUACAUUAAUGGGUCUUGGGUGUUAUCCAUGUAGAGAUGAAUUGUCUCUUCAAAUGCUUGGAAUGCAUGGUACUGUUUAUGCUAAUUAUGCUGUGGAUAGAACAGAUUUGUUGCUUGCAUUUGGAGUUAGGUUUGAUGAUCGGGUGACUGGAAAGCUUGAGUCUUUUGCUAGUAGAGCUAAGAUUGUUCAUGUUGAUAUUGAUUCUGCUGAGAUUGGGAAGAACAAGAAACCAUAUGUGUCUGUUUGUGGAGAUUUGAAAUUGGUUUUGAGAGGGAUAAAUGAGAUUUUGGAGAAGAAAGGUGUUUGGAAUGAGCUUGAUUUUCAGUCAUGGAGAGAUGAGGUUCAAGAACAGAAGAGGAAGUUUCCAUUAAGUUACAAGACAUUUGGUGAUGCCAUUCCUCCCCAAUACCCUAUUCAGGUUCUUGAUGAGUUAACCAAUGGAAACGCCAUUAUAAGUAGUGGGGUUGGGCAGCAUCAAAUGUGGACAGCCCAACAUUAUAAACAUCAAAACCCACGUCAAUGGUUAUCAUCUAGUGGUCUAGGAGCCAUGGGUUUUGGUUUGCCAGCAGCAAUAGGCGCAGCAAUUGCUAAACCAGACUCUAUAAUUGUAGACAUUGAUGGAGAUGGAAGUUUCAUGAUGAACAUUCAAGAAUUAGCCACAGUUCGGGUUGAGAAUCUUCCUGUUAAGAUAAUGGUGUUAAAUAAUCAGUAUUUGGGUAUGGCUGUACAAUGGGAGGACCGAUUUUACAAAGCAAACCGUGGGCAUAGUUUUUUGGGUAACCCUUCAAAAGAGUUUGAAAUAUUUCCAGAUAUGUUAAUGUUUGCUAGGGCUUGUGAUAUACCAGGUGCUAGGGUUACAAAGAAAGAGGAGGUAAGAGAUGCAAUUGUGAAGAUGUUGGAUACACCUGGACCUUAUUUGCUGGAUGUUAUUGUGCCUCAUUUAGAACAUGUUUUGCCUAUGAUCCCUCUUGGUGGUGUUUUUAAUGAUGUUAUUAUUGAGGGUGAUGGGAGAUCUAAAUAUUAA